CCCGAUCACUGGCGUUUGCUAAGCGGACUUGGGCGUUUACUAAACAGCCCUUCCCUCUUCGAUUUCUUCCUUGGGUGCGCUUACUGCAUGGCUUCGCUUGUCGGGGUGCUCCAAGACCCCCCCCUGCCGCCAUGGCCGCUCUUCGCCGAGGCGCGCGGGCCCUAUGGGCGCAGCUCGGCAGGCCACCGAUGGGCAUCGAGGUGGAGUUGGAAGCGGCAUGCACGGGCGGGUCCCGUUAUCAUGUCGCCGACAAGUUGUAGAUGCUGGGUUGUUUGCUGGGCCCAGCCGCCACGCUGAGCGAGCAGCGGAACGCUGCUCUGGCCAACUGGCGUCAGCGCGCCAUCUCUGCAGCGGCGACGCUGCUCGACCCCACCAAGCUGCUGCACGAGUGCCAGACGAAGAUGGUCGCUGCUCUGAGCUACAAUGCUCAGAUUUUCGCACUGCCCGCACCCCUCUUCAAUGAUGAGCAGCUCGUGCUCACGAGGCCCAUACGGUCCUCAGGCAGCUCGAUGAGGCGCUGCGGCUUGUUCAACCUUUUCGAGUUCGGCCUCCCAGUUACCGAUCCUCUCCAGGCGUGCGCCCCAGCCUCGAGGAUGCGUGCGGUUGCCUCCACGCUGUCAUCAUGGCGCACGGUGGCGGCUCGCGCUCGCGAUCACCGCGCGCCGUGACUGAGGAUGCCUCCCAGCACGUCGAGGAUCCCGAAUCACGCCUCGAGUGCGGCGGCGCGCGCGCGCGAUGGACUAGAGGCGGAGGGUGGGGAGGGUCGGGGGAAGGUCGGCCUGCAGUCUAGGAUUGUUCGUUCGCUUGUUCCGUGUGCUGUGAUGUCCAGCAUAGCGGAGCUCAUAAGUAGAAGCCCCCGAGGUGGUUCCCCCCAGGCCCCGAGGAGGUGUCUGCCAACGACGGGGUCUCGGUCAGGGCUGCCCUCUCUGAGCUCCCACC